GUCGCAAAGGCGCUUAGGGCGCGCGGCCGGGCCUGGCCGGGCGGGGAUGAGCGAGGCGGCCCCUGCCGCCGCUGCAGGAGCAGCCCCCGCGCGUGCCGCAAACACUCGCUCGGCCGGCGGCCGCGACGGCAGCAGCGCCAUGAAGGUGAAGAAGGGCAGCGGCGGCGGAGGCGCGCCUGGGGCUGCCGGCGGCGGCGGCGGAGCCACCGCGGCCGCCCCCUGCACCGAGGAGGAGGUUCUGCGCAAAGCCGUCAUCAGCCCGGAGGACGUGCUGGGGCUCCCCAAGAUCACCUCUGACUACCUUUGCACCCCAGAGGAGAACGUAUAUAAGAUAGAUUUCACCCGGUUCAAAAUCCGAGACAUGGAGUCGGGCACGGUGCUGUUUGAAAUCACCAAGCCACCAGCUUCAGAGCGGGAGCACAGCGAUAAGAAGGACAUCGACCCCAACGCCGGCCGGUUUGUACGCUACCAGUUCACGCCGGCCUUUCUUCGGCUGCAUCAGGUCGGAGCCACGGUAGAGUUCACGGUGGGCGACAAGCCCAUCGAUAACUUCCGUAUGAUCGAGAGACAUUACUUCCGGAACCAGCUGCUGAAGAGCUUCGAUUUUGAAUUUGGCUUCUGCAUUCCCAGCAGCAAGAACACGUGCGAGCACAUCUACGAGUUCCCACAGCUCUCGGAGGACCUCAUUCAGGAGAUGAUCCUUCACCCCUACGAGACCCAGUCAGACAGUUUCUACUUUGUGAACAACAAGCUGGUGAUGCACAACAAGGCAGAUUAUUCCUACAGUGGGGGACCGUGAGGCGGUGCUGGGACGCCCUUGACUGAUUCCCAUGGAAAUGGGCCUGGGAUUCCACUGGCCGGCAUUGGCACGGAGAGCCGGGAACUGAGGACUCUGCAAGGAACUGGAGUUUUUUGACUAAAUUAGCGGAAGUCUUUAACUGUUCCUUGCUCUUUCGAGGCAGCCCCCUCCCCAUCACCAACAACCCCCCUAACCUUCCAGGGGAGUCUCUUCACACCACUGAGUCACUGUUUAGCUGUCAGUCACUUGAAAUAGCUCUGUGUAGUCAACUUUAGCCCAGCCGAGGUCUGCUUUUCACCUCGUCUUAGGUCUGCGGGUUUGUUUGUUGCGGAGAAAACUCCUUUUGCGCUUACCACCAAGAACGUGGUGCUGUCGGUAAUACUCUCUUCCUCAGAAUCAGCGGAAGACUAACGUGAACUCUGAGAGGGAUAUUCCCCUCUGUCGGAUUACAGCUGUGAAUGAUC